AAUUGGAUAAACUCAAAAGACUUUAUAAAUCAAUCUCUACAACUACUUUAUUAGACUAUUCUGAAGGUAUAUCAGAUACUUCUUCAACUGAUGAAGAAGAUAACUGCUUAGAAAUUGAAGAUGUUGACAAAGAUAAUGAAGAUAUUGCAAUAUUAUAG